AUGUCCGCAGUCGAGAGGGUUUAUAAGGCUCGUACAGCCUCCGUCUGGGGUUACAGCAGCGGAAGGACCCAAAGAUUAGUAAUGAUGUCCAUGCUGGGCCUGGCUGUGGUGGCUGCGGCUCUCCUGGGACCAGCCCUGGCCUUUGUCCCGAUCGGGGGCGGAGGCUCCACCCAUGUCUCCAUCACUGGGACGGCCAUGUUGCAGAAAGUCAGGGAGACGUGCAAAGCGGUGGCAGACGACAACGGUUAUGUGUUCGAACCAACGGGUAACUCUCCUGAAGAGAUCGUACAGGCGUGUCUGGGUCCAACUGCCACCGGUGACGUCUCUGGGGCCAAGUUUCACUCAGCUCUCCAGGAAAUUUACAUGCAGAAUGGAUUAAUUGAUCGAGACUUUAUCAAUAGUGCUCCACAUCACUUCAACUCGGAGGCGUUCCUCGAGGGGAGGGGGCUGAUCACUGAGGGAGUGGUCGCCAUCAAAGCCAAUAUUCGUAACGAGAACUUCCAGGCGGCCAGGGAGACUCUGGGCAAAGUCCUUCACGUCCUACAGGAUUUCUACAGCCACAGUAACUGGGUGGAGCUGGGUCAUAAAGAGCCAUAUCUCAACCUCAUUCGUCCAGAUCUUCCUAUAGAAAACAUUGCAGAUGUGGGCACUGCCACCUGCAGAGACUGUGCUGGAGGAGCUUGUGGGAAUCCGAUCCUCUCCGAAAUCCUGACCCAGGGGAAGCUGACGUCCGGAUACAUGGGAAUCUUCUCCAAUGCGAAACCCAACGGUAAAUGCAGUCACGGCGGUGCGUCGGAUCUGACCAGUCAAAAAGUUCCUCGAGGCGGGAUUCACAAAGAUGAGCGGCGCGCUGAUAACCAGGUCUUCUACGACGCCGCCGUGAAGGUGGCCACAUCUGCCACGCUCCAGCUGCUGCAGGACAUUCGGCUGGCUGCAGGGGACAACGACUUCCUCAGAAUGCUGGGCAUUGCUCGCUCCUCUGUGGUGUGUUUUGUCAUUGACACCACUGGCAGCAUGUCUGAUGAUAUUGAUGAAGCCCGAAAUGUUGUUUAUGAAAUUAUUGACAGUAAAAAGGGAACACAGGAUGAACCUUCUGAGUACAUUUUGGUUCCUUUCAAUGACCCAAGUUAUGGACCGGUCACUAAGACAGCAGAUCCUGAUGUCAUGAAAAAAGAAAUUUCAAAACUUCGUGCACAAGGAGGCGGUGACACACCUGAGAUGUGCUACAAUGGUAUCCAGCUGGCGUUGACAACUGCCCCUUCCUACUCAAAUAUCUACGUAUUCACUGAUGCAACAGCCAAAGACGCACACCUCAAAGACACACUUGUUUCUCUCAUCAGAAGAACAAAGUCCACGGUGAACUUCUUCAUGACAGGCGGGCGCAGACGGCGGCGCUCAACACGAGGAGGCACAUUUACCGACUACGAAGAGCUGGCUCUGGCUUCAGGGGGACAGGCCAUUCAAGUGACCAAAGGGCAGCUCCCAGAAGCCACGGACAUCAUCCUGGACACAUCCACAUCUGCUCUGGUGACAAUCCUGCAACAAGACAGAACCUCUGCAAAGUCUGAGUCGUUCUCUUUCAAUCUGGAUGAAUCCCUGAAGAACAUCACCGUCUACAUCACUGGCACCUCCCUUAGUUUUACACUGACAAAUCCUGAAGGUGUUACACAAAGCAGCAGCCAGAGCAGUGGAGCCCUGGCGACUAUCAAAAAAGUGGGAAACCUUUGGCGCAGUACCCUGAAAUCUGACAGAGCCACAGGAACCUGGAAGAUCACCGUCACACCCAGAAGCGCAUACACCAUCAAAGUCACGGGUCAGAGCACCAUUGCCUUCAUAUAUGACUUUGUGGAAAAGUUUGAAGGCCCUCAUCCAGGAUACGCUGUGAUCACCGGGCGCCCACAAGAAGGUCAGCCCGGCACCUUGAUGCUUUCUGUAAUGGGCAGAAAAGGUCCAGAAUCUCUGACCAUAAAGCAAGUCAGUAUGAUCUCAGUGUCCAGCUCUGGUGCCACCAACGCUUCCAUCUCCAACAUGGAGACUGGAGGGUUCUUGGCCUCAGUCCCGGUUGUGCCUGGAGGGGAGUUUGUGCUUCUGGUGAAAGGCUUGGAUACAGUCUCAAACACAGAGUUCCAGCGGCAGUCCACCACUCAGAUGUCUGUCUCUAAAGUCAACAUUCAGGCCACCGUGUCCAGCAGUAUGGAGCCAGGCAAACCAUUCUCACUGCCCUUUAGUGUAUUUACAAACGGUACAAGUGGCCAAUUUGUGAUCAACGCACAAAACGACAGAAAUUUCCCCAUGUCGUAUCCAUCCAGGCUCACUCUGACAACGGGACAAUACACCAAUGCCACACUGACCAUAACCCCCACCGCUGGCACCCUCUCCGGCACAGACGUCACCGUGACACUGGAUGCUUCGCGCGGCGCUGACUCCAAUUAUGUCGUUCUGAGACUCUCGGUUCUUGAAAAGAUUACAGACUUCUAUCCACCAAAGUGUGAGAUUAUCAGCAUCGACAACAGCUGUCCUCAUGAUGUGUCGUAUUGUGAGGGCACCGUGUGGGGGAUCAUGGCAAACCUGACAGAUGGAAACGGCACCGGAAUCGAGAACGUCAACCUGCAGCAGGGUAGUGGGAACCUCACCCAGGUCAUCUCCGGUGACAUAGAGCAGUAUCAGUACCGGGCCUCCUGCUGUUCACAAGUGGUGGAGAUCGUAGCUGUAGAUUUUGUUGGAAAUGUUGGACGUUGUUACCAUUCCAUCGUACGCAGUGGAAGUCCUCCUGCUCAAAACCUCUCUAUUCUGCUGAUGUUGUCACUUUUGUUUUCAGUGUUUUUUGUGAGGCCAAAGUAG